UCAAAAAAUGUAUCUAAUAAUUAAAUUAUAGUAAACUAAUAAUUAUACUUAUGUGAUUUAAUUCAAACUUCAAACACAUGCGCAAUAGGAAAAUAAGGAUGUAAACAUUCAAUCAGCUGUUAAUUGGUUAACCUAAAAGAAGAACCUUAAUUAAAAUUUUGUGAAUAUUAAACAAAAAGAAAUGCCUUUAAUUAUUUUAACAGGGAUACCCUGUAGUGGUAAAACGACUAGAGCUGAAGAAUUAAGGAAAUAUUUUGAAGAACAAGGAAGAGAUGUCAUUAUUAUCAGUGAGCAAAAUGAAAUUGCAAAAGCUGGUUUUGAGAAGAACAAUGUAUACAGUGAAGCAGCUAAAGAAAAGCAUAUUAGGGGCUGUUUAAAAUCGGAAGUAGUUCGACUUUUGUCCCUAAGGAAGCUGGUUAUUUUAGAUGCUUUAAAUUACAUCAAGGGUUUCAGAUAUGAAUUGUAUUGUGCAUCAAAGGCUAACAAAUGUACUCAGUGUACUAUACACACAGAAAUCAAUAGAGAAGAGGCUCGAAAACGUAAUAAAGAUCGAGCAGAAGGGGAGAAGCAUAAUGAUGAUGUAUUAGAAGCAUUGAUAAUGAGAUAUGAAGAUCCUGAGGCUAAAAAUAGAUGGGAUCAACCAUACUUUUUGGUAUUUCCAGAGCAAAACUUGGACUUUGAAGCCAUUUCUAGCUGCUUAUUUGAAAACAAACCUCCACCUCCUAACCAAUCAACUCAAAACCCUCCUUUGAGUUCAACAAACUUUUUGUAUGAACUUGAUAAGAUUACAAAAGAUAUUACAGACAUAAUUAUGCAAAGGAAAAACAUGGGCAUAGAAGGAGAAAUAAUUAUACCAGGUUAUAAAGAUCUUUCAAUUGAUAUUUCUAAUGUAAAUCUAACUAAAUUAAUGCUUCUACGUAGACAAUACAUAACAUAUUGUAAAUCACAUACUCCUGAAAUUAGUCAGAUACCGAAUUUAUUUCUACAUUAUUUAAAGACUAGUUUAAAAUAAAAUAUCAAGUAUAAUUGUUAGUUUUUAAUCUCACCUUUACAUGAAGACACCGACA